AAGUCAACUUACUGUCGACUUGCUUCUUGCUUUUUAAACUAUUAAAGAUCAAACUAAUGGCAGUCGCCUUACAGUAAGCAGCACGUGUGGCAUUCAUCCAACACAUUGUAGGAAAUCCCACCAUCUAUAUAUGGGCAUCCUUUCGGCUUCCUCUCUGUGGCCUGUAACGCAGCUUCACUUUCCCUCAAAAGAAACUGCCGUUAACGGAGCUCACCAAUAGGCAACCAUGUGCUCGAGUUUCCCCACCAAUGAAAGUGAAAGUAACCCAGAGAGUAUAAAUGUGAUGAACGCGGCUUUAGAGAUCAGAUAUGAAGUACUGCGGUGUGCUGGGUCUGACAGAGAAAUCAGUCGCAAUGAAGAUCAUGCUGGAUAAUUUUAAGGUGCUUUAUUUUGCCAGUGACUGUUUGGAGCCGUAUGUUCAGAUCAUCACAGUAAAAGACUCCAAGCGCCGUCUAAGUCUGUGCAGCUCAGUGGAUUCUGAGGCAGAGGAGUAUCAGGAGGAGGAUGAUGCUCUACCUGUCCUGAGUGACCACAGCCAGCUGCUAGAUGACCACCACCUGCUCAAGCUUGCUGCUCACAUGCCACCAAGGACCAGGGGCUAUAGGUGGCAUCUGGUGUACAGCACAGCCAUCCAUGGCAGCAGCCUGAAGACGCUGUACAGAAACAUGGCUGGUCUGGACAGCCCUGUGCUGCUGGUCAUCAAAGAUGUGCAGAAAAAGGUGUUUGGAGCUUUUUCUUCUGAUCCAUUUAAAGUCAGUAAAUACUGCUACGGCACCGGAGAAACCUUCCUGUUCAGCUUCAACCCUGACUUCCAGCAAUACCGGUGGAGCGGGGAGAACUCCUACUUCGUGAGCGGCAACUUGGAAUCUCUGCAGAUUGGUGGAGGAGGGGACGGCUUUGCCCUCUGGCUGGAUGCUGAUCUGUACCAUGGCGCAAGCUUUUCAUGUCCUACCUUUAAAAAUGCACCUUUAUCUACACAUGAAGACUUUAUUAUACAAGAUGUUGAGGUCUGGACUGUGCAGAGCUGACUGCAAGCAUAAAAGAAAUAGACAAAAAGAAAACUCCAAAUGUUGAUGCGGAGAUGCCACUACUCUGUUCUGGUGGAGCCUUUACCAUCACCUGGGUCAGCACUUCCAACUGGACUGGGUCCGUUAAAGUCAAGUUGCUGCUUGAAAUCCAGGGCGCCCGGUUCCUGCUGCUCUGAAGCGGUUCAUCAGUUGUUCUCCGUUAAGACCAGAAUGUCAUUCCCUCCUUUAAUUAGGGAGAGUAUUUUGACAAGAAGUUCUCCAAAACUAAGUUGGAUGAAAAGUCUACAACCACUGGAAACACAAUGUAGAUGUAAACAUUUUUUUAUUUUAUGUCUUUAUCUUUAUUGUAAAUAACAUUUAAUUCAGCAGAAAUGAUGUGUCUUAGAGUUUUUGAGAGUUUAAGGCAUUUGUCAUUAUCUGGGUUUGAGUGUGCCUAUAUACUUUAAGUUAAAUUCAUAAAUUUAUGUUUAUUACACUGUAAAAUGACGGGAUCUAAAUCAACCUGCAUGAGCUUCUGCAGGAGGUUUGAUUUUGUUGAUAAUGCCUCUUGAAAACAGGAAAAGAUGACCAUACAUGUCAGGCAGAAGAAGAGCUGACAUGCACCAUACUGUCUUAUCUUUGAUAUGUGGUCUCCAUGGAAACCAAGACCUCUGCCGUUUACUGUCACCUCUGUUUUUGAGAAUAAGACACCAACGUGCCAGUUUUGGACUGCACUCAGAAAAAAGCAUUUAGAAACUGUAAAUCCUUUACUUACAUUUUUUUUAAGCUCUGAAUAUUUAUAUAUAUAUAUUUUUUAUUACAGGUGAACCUAGAAAGGAAAGCUUUUUUGCAUGUGUGAUGGUGUGCUUGCUUGUGUACGUGCAUGUAAAUGUGAGCCUGCUGGGCAGUGCUGGCGCUGCCACUCUUAUUUUUGUGGAACCACAUUAAAAAUCUUUGUUUUUCCUGAUCAAACUGAGUCC